UUUGUGUUUUGAAAGGACAGAGUGCACUGAAAAGCAGCUUUCCAUUUUGAUUCAAAAAUCAGACAAAAAGAGAUCGCCAGUGACUGAGGAAUCUGAAACAUUUAGAUGUCACCACAAAUAAUGGCUCACAGUAAAAGCAAUGACCAAAGUUUGAAAGAAGAGAAACUUUUAAAAGAAAAACUUCUGGAUGAGAAGAUGCGAUUGAUACGACAAAAGAAUGAAGAACGACUAAAGAGACAGAAAGAAAUUGAAGAAGAUAUUAAGAAUGCAAACACACAUAGUGAAGAAGUAACCAAAAGUGUAACUACUGCUACAAGAGGUAACAUGUCAGGAGUUAACUUGAAAGAUAAGCCAGCUGUUUCAAAGUUCAGAGGCAGAGCAAGAGGUAAAAUCCUUGAGAAAAUGUCUAAAGAACAGCCACAAGCUCAGCGGUUUAGAGACAGRCAAAGAGAAAACUAUAAGCUUGUCGAGAAGGAGCUUAAAGAGGAGAAAUGCAGUCCAGGACAUGGAUUUCUGUCUGAURAUCGCCGUGUCGAUAUGUCAAAGAUGGGAAGUAGGUCAGUCCAUUCUUGGGGUGGCAGCCAAUUUGAGGAUGUUGUUGAUAAGGUCAAGAGUAGAGAACCCAGACAUGGUUAUAAGAGAGAGCAAGACCCAGUGAUCAAUAUGACAGGAAAAGAAAGACUAAAAUAUCAGGAAUGGAAGGAUGAGAGGAUUAAGGUCGACCAAGCAAGGCAGUCACGACAGAAAAGAGGAGACACAUGGCAUAGGGAGUGGGACAAGGCCAAGGUCAAAAACAACUUUGAUUCAAAAGGGGGAAGACAAGAUCAUCACCAAGACAGAACACAUGCUAGCCAAAGAUUUGGAGAAAGGCAAAGACACAAACCUGCCUGGGAUCUCCAUGACAACAGAGGUGAUAAUGAUAAUCAAGRAGGUAGUUCUGCAAGAGUAGGGCACAACCACAACCAAACCCAUCUCGUUAGUUCAUCACAAGACUGGGAUGUCAAUAAAAGCAUAUCUAAUGAAAAAGAAGAAUCAGUAACAGUAAGCAAAGGAGAAGACUGGGAAGAAGAAACGCAGGACACCCCUGCAGAUAUUCCUGCCCAAGACAAUUUAUCUGAAGUUAGUUAUCAACCUACAUGUACAACUGAAGAUGGCAAAGAUUCUACAAAUAUAAAUCUCACCGAUGAAGGCAAUCAGCAUGAGUCUACAAACAACAUUAGUGGCAGUGAGCUCCAGUGUAUUGAUAAAAGGGUAGAGAAUGAUACUAUGAAUGUUGAUUCUCAAGGAAAAAUAGACGGAGAGUUAGUACAUGUUAGUGUACACAAUACUGAGGAUAUUGAAGGUCACAGUGAUGACACUGGGGGAAACAAUUUACAAUGUAUUUCUAGUAAUGAGAACAUUCAAGAGGAUGUCAUUGAGAAGACUGACCAAGACAUAGAUCCAAGUACACAAUUAAAUAUAAGUUCAAAUCUGAAUAGUGAUGGAAAAGUUGGCAGUGAAGACACAACCAAAACUGUACCAAAGACUGAUAAUAAUGUAACAACAGAACAAAAUCAUAUUGAAAGAAAUUCAGAUACCGUGUUGUCAAAUGAAGACCUAGAAAAAGGAUCAGAUGUUGUUGGUAGCACUCCUCUAAAGGACUCCAAACCAAAGGAGAUUUUACCAAAGCUUGAUUUGAGCAAGACUGAUGAAGAACCUGUUCCAGAUUUCUUAAAAACACCUCAACAUAAAGACUGGGCUGACUAUGACUUUGAUGAAGAGGAAUUGGACUUUUCACAAGACCUUAUUUAUUAUCAAUGAUAAUGGUAUUUGUUGACAUUAACUAUGAUGGUCAAAAACAUCUAAUUUUUAAGUAAUAUGGUGUAUGGUAUAAUGGUAUUUUUAUUAUCAGCAAUGUCAAGGAUGGGCCUUACUUGUCUCUGUUCCCCAAUGUUCUUGCCCUGUCACCAGGACAACUUUUUUUUUCUUGUCCUCAUCCUGAAGGGGAUGUCCAGGAGAGAGAAUUAAAGAUGAACAGCGAAAAUAGAAGGCCAAUCCAGGACAUGUGCAACACUUUUUGGUCUUUUCCCUGCACCAUUUAGACUAAAGAUACAAGUUUAUGGAUAUUUAGAAAUCUUUUAAAGUGGCAUUUAAAUAGUCACCAUGUGUAAAAAAUAAUUAGGUUGAUCAUAUUUGUACACUGUGAUGAUCCACAACAAUUCCUAUCAUCCUGACACAAAUGGGUGCAGACAAUUUGACUUAAUUUAUGAUUUACAUUUGCCCAUUUACCUACAUUGUACUUUGGACUAGCCAUAAGUGGGGAAAAGACCAAAAUUUAUUAGAAAUUACAAUAAGUUUAACAUAAGGUAUUGAAAAAUGCUAGUGUAUAUUGCAUAUUGUAUAUUUAGUGUUUAACCCUCAUUUCCUUGGUGCCUGUGGCCACCAAUUUACCAUCAAAUGGUAAAUUUUUGACUUUUUUCUAAAGAGAAUUAAAUAUUAAGAGUUUGUCUACUGCAUCACCAAUUUACUAAUUUACAGUUUUCUAAUUUGGUAUGUAAUUAAGAUAAUCUACAUAUUCAUAUUAUUUUUUAAUAGGAAAAUGUCAGCUUGUAAAUUGUACUUCUAAAUUAUAUUCAUCCUUUUUUAUUAUAUAAUUAUUAAAAAUUUUAGAAUUGUAGCAUUAUAGAAAAAAUUGUAAGUUAACUUUUACUUUUUACUCAGAAUGAUUGGAUAUAAUAAAAUGAUAAA